ACGGUGCGACUUGACCAUAGGCUGUGCCUUUCAUGCGUAUGGUUAACGUAUACCGUUUCGCGUUAUGUCAUGAAAUUUUCCACAUACACAACUGCGUAGUUCCCCGCCAUCUUUGCGAUCGGCCACGAAACUCUAAUCUUUUCGUCAAUUUUGGACUUCCAAAAACACCAUUCGGAGCCUGAAAUCAAAGGGAUUCGGAGUUGUGCUAUUCUUGGCCAAGCUUUGGUGCAAAUCGAGGCCACAGCUAUGAGCAUCGAGACGCUUUUGGAGGCUGCCAAGUUCGUGGAGUGGUCCGAUCAAAUCGGUCAUUCAGCACGUGGACAAAAUGAUCCAGAAGUGCUUGGCCAUAGCCACAAUGGCCAAAGCAUGGCUUUCAGCGGCCCCAGCUAUGUUGCUGUGUCCAGCAGUCCAUCAUCCUCUCCUGGAUCAAAUAAAUCCAGUCCAGUAACAUCAAGUAGACAACAAAAUGUGUCCAGUUCCAACACAGACACAUUGGAUGAAGGAGAUGACAAGAGGUCUGGCACAAGGGAAGUUCAUAAUAAACUGGAGAAAAACAGACGCGCCCAGUUGAAGGAAUGUUUUGACAAUUUACGUGACCAAAUCCCCAACCUGGACAACAAGAAGUUGAAGCCAUCAAAUCUGAGCAUUCUCCAAGGAGCUUUGAGAUACUUACAGGCCCUGAAAAGGAAAGAACGAGAACUCGAGUAUGAGACAGAGAGGUUAGCAAGGCAGAAGAUACUCUAUCAAGAGAAGCUUGCAAAACUCAGUGGAUGUUCCUUGCCCCCCUGGAAGAAGGCGGAGCCAGAACCAAAGGAGGAGGAGGCAGAAAAUGAGAUGCAGGAUGACAAGGAAGAUGAUCGAGAGUCUGUCUCAACAAGCACUUCAACUGCAUCAGAAGCAGAAGAAGAAGAAAGGAAAUCCAGAGCUCAGUCUCCAGAGAGCAAGUCAAGCCCUGUAGUUCAGGGAUCAGAAAAGUCCAACCCUUCAGCAGUCAGAACUGGCCCCUUGAAGGAUCGUGUUAUCAAGGUUACUCAGUCUGUCAAGGAACAGUCAGGACCUUUUGUCAUCAGUCGUCAGAUUGUCACCCGUGUGCCCAUGUCAACUUCUGCCACAGCUUCACAGCAACAGCAGCAGGUUGCUGCUCAAAUGCCUCACCAGCUGCAAGGUGCCAACCAUAAGAAAGCAACCAGCCAAUUACAGACUGCACAGGGACCUGCAGGUCAGACACAGUCCAUGGUGGUUGGGACCAACCCACAGCUUACAAUUACAAAAGAAUCUGUUCCACAGCGACCACCAGAGACAAUGACCCAACGAGUCGCAGCGACCCAAAAAGUUGUCAUCCGACCUCCAUCUGCAGCUCAGCUCAUUAAAACACAACAAACACUAACCCAGAAACCAAGCAGUGCUACACAAUCCACAAUACUGAAGCAACCCACAUCAGGUCCAAUGCAGCCAUCAUCUCUUCCCCAAGUCAUUAGGCAGUUUGACAGUCACUCUACAGCAGUAUCUGCUGUGCAAGAACACUUGAAAAACAAAGCUCAAAGUAAAAUACCUCAGCAACAGAAAAAUCCUGUCAGGACAAUUUCAACUACAACAAUGACAACAGAAUCCACAGCCUCAUCCAAGGCAAACAUACCUGUAGUAAGCACAGCAGCAGUUGUUACGAGCUCAACUGGUGUCUCCAGGCAAACAGUCAGCCAACUCCUUGGUAAACAGUCCAUGGUUAUAAGACAACCAGUUCGACGAACAGACAACAAAUUAAUUGUCCAAAGAGUUUUACCGCACCCAUUCAGUCCACGCCCUCAAACGGUGGAUAUUAUGCCCAAAUCUCCAACAGCUUUGUCCAGUAGUGACUCCGUCAAGUCAAAGACAAACCAAGCCACUCCAACAUCCAUCACUGUGGUUACCUAUAAAGAUCUACCUCCCAGUAUCACCACCAGCAUUAUGUCAGGUUCCGUUCCAACAACUAGUAGUAACAUAGCUACGAAUGUUUCAAAACAAAGUGUACUCACCUGCACAGUCCAGCAGGCGACACCAUCAGCAGAUGCAAGAAACCUUAUCAGUCAUAGCGUCAUGUUGUCAUCGGUUCCACACUAUCCUCCCACUGCAGGAUUUGCAGCCACCAUGCUGAGGCCUAACCCUAGCAUGUUGACUGCUGCUAAUGCAACUCUGUUGAACCAAGCAAUGGUAGCAGGUCCUAGGAACGUCACUUCACAGUUGACUUUUCCUGGAAGUAAAGACAGCAGCCCAGGGAAAUUGCAGUCACCAGCUUCAGGUGCUGUGUCAUUCUUCCCUACUGCUGUAACUCAAGCCAGAGUGUCCACAGUGUCACACCUAAAAGUGCCGUCGCUGUCCUAUACCACUCCUAUGACCCCUGUUCACUCAUUUCUCCCCCCAGGGCUGACAUUACAGCCUGCCCUUACUCAGGUGCUCUUUACACAACCACCUAAUGCAGCUUACACCUUGGCCAAUUCAACACCGGCUCAGACUCUUGUUAACACCACUCAGUCUCAUCAGACUGUUAUCAGACAUCCAUUAGCAGCGACAGCUGGAGCACAGCUGCCUCAAGUUGUCACAACAAUGGCUACAGCUAUUGUAAGUAGCACUUGUAAUGCACAGACAUCAGUUGCCAUGACAUUACCCCCAGUUGUCACAAUUGGAGCCCUUUCUCUCAAUCCAUUGCUGGGUACCAAUAGGGCUCUUGUUACUGCGCCAACAUACACCACUCUUGGUCAGUAUCCCCACCGGUUCCCAUUCGCUGGGCAGGUUCCCCUCAUCUCUCCAGUGGCAUUUGCCAGCAAUCCUAGCAAUGCAGCGCUACCAGUGACUUCUGUUGGUAGCCCUGCUUCAAACAAUGGGAAAGCAUCCAAUGGUGUGAUAGUACACACUGUGGCUGUCCCUGCCGGGAUGCCAGUUACCAGUUCUUGGCUUGACACUUCUAAUGUAAGUAACGGAAUACCAGUGAAAGAUUUGAUGCUCACUGCACCAGCAACAUCAGGAUCAAGCGUUAUCAUGGGAACAACUCAGCCAGCAGUAACAACUGUUCCAAUCAGUUCACAAGAGGGCAGUGUUGAUGAUAGCAAAAUCGGUUCAGAGCCCUCAGUUGUAGUGACAAGUAGCAAUUAAAGCUGCUUGUCACAACUACAUAUACAUAAAAUGUAUUGAAUUCAUUAAGUUUCAUGUAGGCACCGUCAAUAUCAUAUUUUGGCCGAUACCGAUGUAUCUUUUUUAUAUCAAUAUUAUCGAUAUAUCAAAUUUUAUUCAUUUUAAUUUUCAAGGUAUUAAAACAGGCGUGAAUUGCUGUUCAAUUGUUCUAAGGGUACACCCCUACACCGUAAUGGUGUGAUCCAAUUCACUUUGGCGACAUGUUCUGGCAUCUGUAUUGCAUAUGUUGUCUGCAUGGGAUGGGAUGCUGCCGUGCAUAGCGAUAUCAUCAGCACGCGGUGCUAGCCUACUUCCGUUUGGUUAGCAAAUCAUUCUCUGUUUUGGAGGAUAAAUUUUGUGAUUUUUUUAGGCAAAGUGUACAAAGUGCGAGACUGAGAUAGGUGACUGAAUUUAUUCUUCAAAUGUCGCCGCAUAAGCCGCCUGGAGUAUAAGCUACAGGGAUAUUUUUCACUCAGCGUGAAAACCAACGUAAGCCGUAGCUUAUAGAAAACUACAGUAAUGUGACGAUGCACUUUUCUAUUUUUUAAUAAAGUUUGUUCUUCGGUAGUGAUAUUUUCGAUGUAUUUUAUUGAUGUAGCAAUGUUUUCGAAGUCGCGAUAUUUUUGAUAUUUCUCCAAAAUCUGAUAUUUUCAAUGUGUCGUUAUUACCAAAUAACUAACAUCAGCAAUAUCGAUACCAAUCCCAUAUCGAUAAUAUUGAUAUAUCGACGGUGUUUACCUUCAUGCAAUAUAAUUAACUGCCUGCAGGUGACUACAUACACUGCAUAUGUUAACUGUUUUGUUUUUGUGUUUCUCUGCUUUUUACAUUUGGCUCUGAAAAGUUUUAAAAUUGAAAUUUUAGGUACAUGUAUGUGUCAUAUUUGUUGCUGAAGUUAUAAAAUAUACAUGUACAUGUGUGUACCACACAUUUUCUGUAAAAUCUCAUUGCACAGAUAUGUGAAAUAAUUGACAUUUUCUCGAUUGAAAAAAGCCUUUUCUCUAAGCAUACUUAGCAUACUAAGCACCCAUUGGCAUACAUGUACAUGUAGCUGAAUAUAUUUUAGGUCUCUUAAGACCUACGCUAAUAUCCAGUGUAUGAUCAAUAAUGGUUUUUAAAACCCACUCUAUUAUCUUGUUGUUGCAUUGUUUGUCUGCCAGUUGUAGGCAGUUGGUUGGUGAGUAGGUCACUUUUCAGAUCUGUCAAUAUGUAAAAUACAUUUCAUACUUCUGUCAAGUACAAAAAGUGUGUAAUGCGACAUUAAGAACUAGUUAGACUGUCUUGCGGAACAUCAUGAGAGUAUACCAAAAUUCUGGAGAAAACUGUACAUGCUAUUUUUGUAUUGUUCUGUAAGAAUGGAUAUCCAAAGAGAGUAUUUUUGCAUGUACAUUGUAUCUCUUGCAGUACAGUAGUGUCCACAGUGUUGGUCCUCACAAAAUACAAGAAGUAAAUCAAGUAAAAAAGCAAUUCAGCCUCAAAGGAGACUCUGGCUCUGACGUGACGUUUUUGUGCACAACAUAUUCAUCAACUUAAACAUCUACAUAUAAGCACGUGUUCAUUUCAAAACCAAAUUUGUAUCACCUUAACUUUGGUGAAAAAAUCUGUGACUUUUGUCAGAGAAAUCACAAGUUCAAAUCUACAUGCGGCUUUGUACACUUUUCUUAAAAGUAAUACAUAUUUACGAAAAGUAGUUUUGGGGACAUACCAUUUUUCUUGAAAGAUUGGCUUUCACAUAUUUGUUGGAGGUUUGGAAGGCAAGUUUUCUUGAAAAUGAAACAUUGGGCUUGCCUUAAAGGCGUGGCAUACCAAGAAUUGUGAUACUUUUGCAAAAUAUUAAAUACAGUGUGAUGAUCUUCACAAGUAAAGAUUGUAUAAUCUUUGUACAUUUGAUGUAAUUGUUUACUAUCAACUGUGUGUACAUGUAUUUCAUUGUACAAACAUAAUGCAAGUACAUGUAUUUAUUAAGAUAGAAAGUCAUCAGAUUUAUGAAGCAGAAGAUAAAUAAAUUAUAUUCAGAAGAAAAUAA